GUCAUAGCUGCUCAACAUGCCCAAUAUACGUGCGCUUAAUCCGGAGCUGCAAGCAAUUGCUUUGAAGGAACUAAAUGAAGUACCGGAGCGUAUUGAUCAGGAUAUUGCCGCCUUGCGUUUGUGGAUUGAGCAACAGCCGCACUUGAAGGCACGCACCAAUGACCAGUUUCUGGUGAAUUUUCUGCGUGGCUGCAAAUACAGCCUGGAGAAGACCAAAUCCAAAUUGGACCGCUUCUAUACGCUGCGCACCAAGUUUCCAAGUUAUUUCUUAGCACAUAACGUAGACGUGGAUGAGCUGCUGAAGCUGUUUAGUUUUGGAACCUUUAUUGUGCUACCACGUCCACUUAAUGACAAUGGGCCUCGUAUCAUUCUUUUGCGCAUGGCUGCCUAUGAUCCGGACAAGUAUCAAUUUGCUGAUAUUAACCGUGCAGCGGGAUUAAUGUUCCAAAUUAUGCUGGAUGAGGAUGACUAUACGACUGUGAAUGGCACGAUGACAAUUGUCGAUCUGGACAAUGUCAAGGCGGGACAUUUUCUGCAGAUGACUCCGACGACCACCAAAAAGCUCGUCGUCUUUCAGGAGGAAGCGCUGCCCGUGCGUACCAAAGCCACGCAUUUUAUCAAUCUGCCCACUGGCUUUGAUACCAUUUUUAACAUGUUCAAGCCCAUGAUGUCCAAGAAGCAACAAGGACGCCUGCAUGUGCAUGGCAGCAACUUGAAAUCGCUUUAUAAGCACAUACCACAAGAAUACUUGCCAGUGGAAUAUGGCGGUGCCAAUGGAUCUAUAGCUGAGAUUGUCAAGGACUGGGAGAAGCGCAUAGAUGCCUAUCGUGAUUACUGGGUCGAGGAGCAACAGUAUGGCACUGACGAAAGCUUGCGUGCAGGCAAGCCCGUUGACUUCGAGAGCUUAUUCGGCUUGGAGGGUUCGUUCAGGCAACUGAACGUAGACUAAGGUUAUGUCUAUGCCAAAUAUAGCAAAUCUUAUCUCUGAAGUACUCAAUAUACAUACUGUAAAUGUUUAAUAGCGUUAAGUUAUCAACAAAUUGAUAAAGAGUUCUAAG